AUGACGGAGCCAAAGAAGCAGAUCAGAUCAGCGUGUUGGACGAGCUCCGAGUUCAGGGAAAAAAAACCUAAUUCAGACAUGUUUCACAUUAACAACCGGUCACAAUUUUAUCCGCAUAUCAAUGAAAACUCUUCAGGAUUUAAAGAUGGACAAGAGAGCUUUGACUUUGGGACUUGUUUCACUCUCAUCAGGAAAUUAAACAAACAGCAAAGGGAGAAGAUGAUCUGCAGGAUCCUUCUGCUCAUCAGCCUGACCUCCUGUGUCUCUGGAACAUUUGUAGUGAAAGUGACUCAGAGCUCCUAUCAGGCAGAGGAGAACCACAACAUCACACUGGAAUGGAUGUUUACAACCAAACCUGACAGUUCCUCCACCUCACUGAACAUCUACUGUGAACUGUUCACUGAUCACAAUGACCCAGUCCUGUAUCAUGUACAUGAGGGUGUUGAGGCCCCAGAGUCUCAGGAUGAACAGUUUGCAGGACGAGUUCAGAGUGACAAAGACGCCCUCAGAGAAGGACGAAUCAGACUUCAUGUGUCCAGACUCAGGACUGAUGACUCGGGUCUGUAUGUAUGUGAAGUGAAAACAGAUGAUGGUGUGAGUUCUGACAGAUGCAACCUCAGUGUCACUGCAGCUGUUGAUCAGCCAGAACCUCAGAAACCUACUGAGAGACCACAACCAGAGAGUUGGGGAAGGAUCGGCCUCUACGUUGGACUGCCAGCAGCUGGACUCAUUGCCAGCUUUGUGUCUUGGGAUAAAGUUAGACUCUGA